CCUGAUAGGACCGUUUAAAAUUACAUGUAUAUUACGUCAAGUUGUAUCUUAACCUCGAGAAUCUCAAUUAAUACAUUUGUCAGUUAUUUUAUUCUCCAAGAUAUGUUGUUUCUACGUGAUGUUAUGUUAUAAAUGAUAAACGUUGUUAAUUGUUGAGUUUUUCUUUUGUUUGGUAUUGUAAAUAAUCGGUAACUUUCAGUCAUUUUUGAAGAGCACAGGUGAGCAUGCAUCAUCUGUAAUCCCUAUAACGGUAGAGACAUAAAAUGCGAAGAAAAAUGGAGCAAAAUUUGAUUUGGAGUAAAAAAAUGACAAUCACUUGCUGCUAAAAUACACCAUCACUUUGAUUGACAACUGGAGGAAGAGAAAGAGGAGGUGGAAGGCGAAUGAAUUUAAAAAGAAAUAAAGUAGUGCAAUAAUUCGAAUGGUGAAGUAUAAUUGAAAAAAAGUGAUGACGAUACACAAAUCUGUAUCAGCAACCAUUAGAAAUAGUAUUGGUUGUUUGCAAGUGUUAUGCGCAAAGCUGGUUGUUGUGAAAAAUAUGAAGAUAUUAGUAGUAGCUGGAUACUGGUUGGAAAUAAUAAGGACAGUGGUGGCGUGGAUACUGGUGAUGCUGAUGCUGAUCCCGGUGGUGUUGGCACACGGUCGAUCUUGAGUGCCGAGUGUGGUUACUUCUCCUCUACUCGUCUCAUCCAACUUGUCGUUGUACUCAGUGAAAUAUGUAUGUAUUUGUGUACUUGUGAUCUGUCUGUGCGCCUGACUAUGUGGCCCGACACGAGAGUGAACCGACCAAGUGGCCGAACCAAGCCGAGGAAGAGAACCGCGGCACUCGUUCAGUAGUUUCUCGGACGGCGCACCGGCAUCAUCCGACCUCCAACACGAGAGAUAACCCCCUAUCUUAUGUGUGUGUGUCUCCCACCCCCAUUAUCAUAUGGAAUUUUUUUAUGAACGAAAGUAGCGCACGUGACAAUCCGCAACUUUCAUUUUCUGUCUUCUUUAGAAUUUAAAAAAAAAUAUUUUUUUUUUUUUCAAAAAUUAACUUAUUUAUUUAUUUCUAUAUCAAAGUCACUAUGAAUUUUUUUUAAAAUGUGAGUUUUUAUUAGAUAAUAAAAUUUAACUCACUUUUUCUGUUAUUAUUUAAGUCAAUUUGAUCGAUUUUAUCCUAUCAAAUGAUUUAUUUGACUGUACUCUCAUUCAAAAAGACAACGUGUAGUGACUUGAAAUGUGAAUCAAAUCAAGUGAUGAUUUGGCUUGGAUAUAAUAGACCUGUGACUAGUGUAUCGUCGAGGUAAUUUGAUAAGAUGGGCUUGUAUUGGGACAAUGUAGUAUACAUCACAUAAGUUUCACAUUGCGGAACAAUAAAAUACUGAAUAACCGCAAAUCUUAUCGAUCAUCUGGUGCUUAACUUCAAUCGCGUUCAAUCGAACAAGGUGGAAAAAAAGAGUGGAAGACCCGUUAAGGUGAUACGACAUAUACGUGUUGGCAGUACUUUUUUGCAAUUGAUAGAUCGUAGUAUAGAGAAGAAGAAAAGACGAUUAAAAGAAACAGUAAAUCGAAAAAAUCCAAGGAAUAAGUUCUGUCUACCGCAGCUAAGUAACAUCUCUGAAGAGGUAACUUUGAAGAAACUCCAUCCAGCUUACAAUAGUCUCAACUAAGAAUAUUCCUGUUUCACUUCAAGAAUAGACAAAUAUUUUACAUUAUUCGCUCAAAAUUUGCUUCUCUUUGACGAAAUGUUUAAAUUAUUUCUCCACUAUUCAAUAUACUGCACUAUAAACAUUUUAACAUUGAAAGAGAAUAUUAAAAUCAAUUAUUAUUGAUAAUGUCUUUUUCACAUAUCAAUCAUCAACGAUCAGAAUGAUGCAAGAUCGUGAAAAAAUCCAGGCUCGAAUAUUAGCGAGCCGACAGCAAUUUAGCUGUCUUGUAGUGGAAAAUAGGCAAAUCAAUAAGUCGGUAUUAUCAUUGAAGAUAGAAUAAUAAGAGAUAACGAGAGAAUAAAAAAAAAACGAAGAAGGAGGUUGUUAGAAGAGUUUAGAUGAGAACGUCAUGCUCGGUGAGAUCGACACGGGCGAUCCAAAAGUGGUGAAGUAUAAUCCCGAACGUUCACGAUCCAUCCCCAUUACUACACAAAGCAAUUAUUACAUAGAGAAUCCUAUCAAUCCAUACGAUGUAUGUGCUUCGCUACAAGGACUCUCCAGGGAAGCGUGGAGGGAACAAAAUUGCCAACGAUCAAGCUCUCAACAUCAAAGAAAAUCUCAAAAGUUGUGCACUUCUAACGCUUCGAUGGGAGGAAAUUUUGUUAAAAAAUAUUCAAGUAAUGAGAGCUGUAGUAAACUUAAUGAAAGUAGUGCAGUCAAUAGUGAGUGUCAAAUUAUAAAUAUAAGUCAAUCAUUGACACGUUUACAUCUGUAUUUUGACGUUAAAAAACCACUCUUGGGACCCUUUAUAGAGUCUCCAACGAAGUCUAGUCAACGCUUCCGUGUAUUGAGAGAUUCCAAAGGAACAAGUAGAAAUAGAAAUAAAAGAAAAAAAAGAAGAAGACGACGAAGAAGAAGCAGUAUUGACGGUGAAGAGGAUCAUCAUAGAGUGGAAGAGAAUACAUGGUUAGUGAGUUCUAAUGAAACAACAAGUGUUGAGUGUGACUUGAAGGACAAUUUUAAAAAAUCUGAAACGUGGCAAAGGACAAAGAUUCCAUCUGCUAGACGAUUUUACCUUCAACUAGCUUUCUUACUUUUUCUUAUUGCAUUUGGAGGACAUUCUGGGGUUGGUAUCGGGGUCAGAGUACCUCGGUCAAGUGUUCUCGGGAUUAUUACUGUUGGGACAAUGUUUGGUGUAGCUACUAAAGCUGCACCUAUUGAUAUAGACGCCGCCAUCAGGGCUGAAAGAUCUGCCAACUUAUCACAUCUCACUGGCACUUCACGAAAGAUACUGAUGUUUAUCAAAAAUCGAUUUCUACAGAUUUUACCGGAUGGCACUGUCAAUGGAACUGAAACGGACAAUGCUGACUACACAAUAUUCCAAAGGAUUUCCGUGUCAAGCGGUCAAUUAAAGAUUCAAGGAGUUGCAACAUGUCUCUACCUCUGCAUGGAUUCUUGUGGUCUGCUUUACGGUUCUCGAGAGUACACUGAAGAUUGUGUGUUCAACGAGACAUUAGAGGCUCAUAAUUAUAAUACUUAUAGUUCAGUGAGAUGGUCAACGCCUCGAAAGACUCUCUACAUGGGGUUAAAUCGUUAUGGUCAACCUCGAAGAGUUCAAGCGCGUGGUCAUAAUUUAGGUAGACUUUCACCUUAUGCAAGAGUCUUGACUUUAGUAGCAUCACCGGACAGACUAGAAACCCUUCAGAAUCGUAUAUUGGGUGCACAACAUAGGGUUCGUCAUCAUCAUGUACAGCAUCAUCAAAAUAUUCAACAAUCGAUUUGUUCUUCUAGUCUGUCUAACCAAGAGAAAGAUAGCAGAGAUAGGUUCAGAUGCAGAAAGAGAAAAAAACGAAAAAAAAGAAGAAGACGCUGUGAGAAGAAUGAAAAAAUGAAUUCUCAUUGUGAAACUCGUGUUGAAGAAGAUAGCAAACGUUGUUCAGAUACUGGUGGUAACGUUGAGAGUUCCGUUGAAUCCAAGAGAUCUUGUGAAGAUGUAGCUAGUGAUGAAUUAUCAAGGAAGCAAAAUUUAAAUACUCCUGCGGUAAAGCGGAAAUCACGAUUAGAAGUAGUUAAAAAUGAUGAAAGAAGUCAUUCAAAAAAGAAAGAUUCGAAAAAAAAGCUUACGAGAAAAGUGAGCUUAGUCGAUGGCGUCGACAACACAGCUGACAUGAAGCAGAAGGGACUGAUUUUCAAGGAGAAUUCAAGCCUGGUAAAAAAGAAAUUUCCUGGAAGAUCGAUAAGAACAACUGUGCCAGCUCCCACAGAGAAUUCUAGUGCUACUUUAGCUACUUGGUUCUUUGGACCUACUACUCAGUCAUCUUGGGACCCAUCCACGAGGUACAAACCACCAAAAAAGACCGUUAAUCAAACAAUGAAAUUAACAAGUCCAAAGAAAAUGGAAACCCAAGUUAUUAGUACACCUUCGUCUUAUGAUAAAAUAAUCAGAACUUCAAAUGUUCCAUCUGUUAUUGUAGAAUUUAGCACUGAAAAUACUAGUCUGCUUUCGCCAACAUUUGAGUCAUCUGAUGAUAUUUUUAUCCCAACAUCUACCACUAGUGAUAUCUCUGAAGAAACAAGUGAAGAAGAUUUUGGAUUAGAUGAUGAUCCAACAGGUACUUCUAGUGAUUAUGGUCUAAUGAUGACAACUAUGGACACAACAUCUCCUGAAAGAACGGAAAAUUAUGCCAAGACUACCACACAAUCGCUUAUGGAAUCACUCGAAAUCAACAGGCCGGUUAUUGACUCCAAUCGAUCAUCAGUUGAUUCAACAUUUCCGUUUAAAAGACUUGCAAUGUGAAAACUUGUCUCAAAAGCUUUUUUCUCUCUUUGUAAAGUGUACAUAACUGAUAUGAAAUUAAUUAAUUCAUUAAUUAAUGCAAUUUACUAUUAAUUCACGUCCCGAAUAAAUAUUUUACACGUUCAAUCUAUAAUUAGUUAAUGAUCUAGUUUUAUUAAAUUACAGGGAAGAUUAUUUUAAUUUAUCAAAAGAUAAUGAAUGAUAGACUUUUUAUUGUUUUUUGAAAAAAAAUUUCUUCGUAAGUUAAAUAAUUAAAAUAAGAGCAACAGUAUCUGGACAAGAGGCUGAUCUUCUCCUCACGAAUCUCGGAAAUCCCGAUACAUUUAUUUAGUGAUUUAUUUAUUGAACAUUUAUUUAUUGCGUAAAUCCCAAUCAAUAAUUGUGUGUGUAUGUAUAUGAGCUAUGUAUGCGAAAAUGGAAAAAACUCAAAAUCAAUCACUGGUCUUAGGUAUCGCUUAAAUCCAAUUAAAGUAAAAUUCAAAAGAGAAGAAAAAAAUGAUAAUUAUAGAAAAAAAAACUUUGGUUAAAUAUUUUUUAUCCUUUACCCCACUGUUAGAAUUAAAUUUCUUUGAUUGAUAAAAAUAUCAUAACGAUAUUUGAAUCGAUACCUAAACUCAGUAUUAAUGCAAAAAGACGUAAUUCCUGAUGUAAAUAAAAAAAUCAGUUUAAAAAAAAAAUUAUGAAAAUGGUUUCAAAUGCUGUAAAUAUAAUAAAACUUGCAAUGUGAUUUCAGUUAAAAGUACUGAUCCCACACUGCCAUUUGAUUACAAUAAUGUAUUUAAUCACACAGACUGAUAAAAAUAAAAUACUAUCAAUAAUAAUAUUAUACAAGUAUUUAAUUAUGAAGUUGACAAUGCAAUGGGGAUAUAGAAUACCCAAUAUUAAUUCAAAAUUGUCGCAAUAAAUAAUAAUAAUAAUAAUUGUAAAUAUAAAUUGUGAAUAUAAACCAAUUAAAUAUUUCAGUUGUUUUUAAUAUUGACAUUAGUAAUCAUU